CACAAGCUGGUCUCAUUCACAUGAUUUAUGCAUCGGCGCCUCACGACAAGGGACCCACAUCUCAGCUGGGCUAAAGACUCCGGCUUAGUCGCCAGCUAAAUAACACAGCAACACACUUCCGCCAGCUCUUGUGUAAGGGAUAAUGUACCUUAACAAAACUAUAUAUUUUGUAGCUGCUGGUAGUUUACGCUUCUUUGCUUAUUAGGCUUGGGAGAGGUGACAACCACCAGUCUGAGAGAAGAAGAGAAAGAGGGAGAGAGAAGUCAGAACUAGUAAGAGGAGAAUGACAGCAGCUGUCAGGAUCUCUGCAGAUAAUAUCUCUAUUCACUUUUAACAUUUUUUUUUCUUUUAAUAAAACUGGUGUUUAUAAGAAGAAAAGCCACUCACUGUAAAGAGAAAGGAACCACUGUGGACGAGUGCAAGAACUUUUUACAGGACAUUUCUCUAAGUGCAAAACUUUCAGUUGCAAUUCACUUUGAAGAGACUCAAGUUCAUACUUGGGUAACUAUAAACCACGCAGAGAAGGACAGAUUCUGCAGCAAGCAUGAAAAGAAGUUGAUACAAAGAAAACAACAUCAGAAGACCAAACCAAUCACUUUCUGUUGAGAUACAGUAGCAUUCCACAUCUAUGACAAUCCAGUGAUUACAUCAUCCAACUCGUCACAAUGCGCAGCAGUAACAACCUUCUACUCCACCUCACCAUCCUUGGACUGUCUUGCCUCACUCUCACCACAGCAGAGGUAGGAAAAGACCCAGCUGAAAUCUGGAAUACAACCUGUGUGUCCAACUGCUCGUGUGCUAUAAAAAACACAGACUUUGGAGUCAAGUUAAAAACAGUUGAUUGUCAUAACCUUAACCUUCUGUCCAUUCCCAGUGACCUUCCUCUGGACACGGAGGCACUCCUUCUACAAGGAAAUGACCUUACAAGUGUUGAAAACACCAUACUGCCUCUACCACAACUUCAACACUUGGAUUUAUCUUACAACAAUUUAGACUCGUUGCAGGAAGUAUCCGUGAUCAGGAACUUAACUUCCUUGCGCUAUCUUAACCUGGCCAACAACAAGUUAACAUCUCUAUCCAGAGACAGUUUCAGUGGCCUUCACAACCUGAACAAGUUAUUCUUGUCCAACAACGCACUGCAGCAAAUCGAGCCAGAAACUUUGGAUGAGCUCUCGAGCCUAAGGAGCUUGUUUCUGCAGGAAAAUCGACUCACGUCUCUGAAUCCUCAGUGGUUUUCCAAUUUGCCUUAUCUGGAUGAGUUAACUUUAUCCGCCAACCAGCUGAGAGUACUACCAGAUGGGGUGUUCAGACCAUUGCGGAAGCUCACCAAGCUGUCUCUGAACAGCAACAACAUCAACCAGCUAACACAGGCAGCCAUCCAUGGAAUAGAAAAUUUAGAAUUCCUUUACUUUGACAACAACAAUCUGACUGUUGUACCUACACAAACCCUGGCCAACCUGACAAAUCUCAAAAUCUUGUCCUUAAAUGGAAAUAAGUUUCAAAGGCUGGACACAGGAAGUUUUCACGAUCUCCCAGUGCUUGCCGAGCUCAACUUGAACAACAUGCCAUCACUUUUGUUCGUAGAUGCUGGUGCAUUUAAGGACUUAUCCAGCUUGACCAUCUUACAGCUCCACGACAACAUCAACUUGACCUACUUGGAUGCCAACGCUUUUGACAAUGUUCCUAAACUCAGCAUGCUAUACAUACAUAAUAAUAACCUGAUGGCACUGCCUGAGGAGAUCGCAAAAUCCUCACCACAUCUGCAGGACAUCAGUUUUUACCACAAUCCUAUUCACUGUGACUGUAAUGCAAGAUGGAUACGAGAAUGGAUGGAACGAGCCAAGGACAAAACCAAAGACACCAAUGGCACAGUUACACCUGGGCACCUGACCAAUCACUACUCGCGGCUUCAGUUCCAGUGGUCUGACAGGCUGGUUUGUGACACGCCCCCAGCUUUGAACACCAAAGUUCUGCAAACCGUCCCCCUGGAGAGUUUUUCCAAAACAUGCGCCCCUACGGCUCUCCCAUUCUUCAAUGCCAGCUACACACUGGAAUUAGGCGAUCCUUUCACCAUACACUGCCGGGCCAUAGGAAUACCUACCCCAAAUAUUCACUACUUUCUAGGGCAGGGAAAGAAAGUAAACGAGACAUCAUCGGACUCCGACAGAUAUCAGUUUGACAGAGGGAGUCUCACUAUCACCCACGUGACCCAGUCAGACACUGGCGCUGUAGUGUGUAUUGCAGCCAACAAUCGCUCUCAGUACGACACCACUUCUACUCGACUUAAAGUGAAGGGUAAAAAUGUUAAAAUCCUCCCCGUGGGCGUGACCGAGAACAUGGUCACAGUGGCUCUCAACGGAUCAGACUUGAAUAAAACAGUGGAAAAGUUCCACCUCAGUUACAAACUAUCUCCAGGUAGCGAUCAAGACUAUAAACUGAUCCAUAUUUUGCCUAACAAUACGCAAAUCUUCACCAUAACAGAGCUACAGCCAAAGACAAUGUACAUCUUCUGCAUCACUUAUGAGCACAAUAACUACAAUCAUAACUUAGACUGUAUUAACAUCAGCACUGACUCCAAGGUUAUCAAAGAACUGCAUAAUGACAACAUCAGUACCAGUAACGAUGUCAAAUUCAAUGACGUCACGGGUACAACGGUUGUGACGGUCAUCUUUGUGUGCGUAUCUGUCCUCACAGUGCUGGCGGUGACACUGGCAUUUGUGCGCCGUUUCAAGCAAAGGCAGCCAUACAAAGAACCCGAUGGUAUGGUUUACCGCUUGGGUAGCAUCUCAAACAUUACGCUAGACUCUUUGUACAGCCCUCCAUCUACCCCAAUACACAAUCUCAAGACAUCGCUGGUGAAAAAUGCAUAUGGUCCAUCAUAUGCCUAGGAUAAAAGUUAUCAUACACAGUGUUUCCCCUUUGUAACAUGUCUUCCCUUCAGUAGACUUCUUGACACCACUUAUUCAGUACAAUACAUGUGAAACAAAAUUAAUUGCAGUCACUUUAUAUAUUAUUCUACUUGAAUUUGGUCUAACAGAUGAAAUUAGUUUCUCUUAGUGGGAAUAUGUCACAUAUUAAUUACACAUUUACCAGGAAAUGUUUUAGUCUAUAGAUUAAUGAUGACUGUAACAGGCAUGUGGAUAUACAUCAGAAAGCAUUGUUGCAAAUGCCAAAUAUAUUAUUUCUUUUCUAACACAAAUAUAUUAAAUGCAGGAUCCACAAAUACCAAGUACAUGUGCAGGCACUAUUUUUCAUAUAAGAAUAUAUUCAGUCUUAUUUAGUUGCUGAAGUUGAACAUCAUUUUGUCAAAAGUAAAUUUUUCUAUUUAGGUUAAGCACAAAAAAAGCAUUCUUUAAUAAAUACCAUGUGUGUCUCAUGCAUAUGUCAGUCUUUUUACAACGAAUCUGAGCUUUUUCAAUGUAUAUUUCUGCUUAAUGCAUUUGAUGUAAAUAAACAAUGAGAAAUGUAAAUAUGUCACUUAUACAUAUUAAGUAACAAUAGGAACAACUCAAUGUCACAGCAAGAAAGAAAGAAAGAGAAGUGGCUUUUGUAAUGAAAUAUGACAAAUGAGAUAGUCCUAGAGCAAUCCAUAACAUGAGUUCAUAAAAUAUGUGUUCUGUAGGUAUUUUGGUCUUUGCUUCAUUGUAAUAAAUUUAAAGUGAGCAGUGCCAUAUAUUAAUCAGUUCACCAACAGUCUAUAUCACUGCAUUGUACAGUGUUGAAUAGUUUCUUUGGUUAGUAACUUUUCUACAAUAAUCAUAACGGAAGGAAUUCAAAAACUGUGACUUCCUUCUUCUGUGGUACAAUAACAGCCUGUUUAGCAUAAUAGGGAAAUGUGUACAUUGCCUGUAAAAUAUUGUAAAUAAAGAUUCCUCUUGUCUCUUAUCACCAUU